CUCUUGCUCCUAUGUGGGACGUCAGCGUCCCACAUAGGCUAACAUCCUGAAUUAGCAUAGCGCAAAGAUACUAAAUGCACAAAUCGUAAUGUUAAACCUUCUUGUAAAUACAUGUAUCUAGCAUCAUUUUAAAGCUUAACUUCCUCUUAAUCCAACCACCAUGUCAGAUUUUUAAAAUGCUUUUCAGCGAAAGCAAUCUUACGAUAAUCUGACGACAGCGCGCCACACACAAGUAUUACAAGCAUUUUCCAUCCAAACAUUAGCGUCACAAAAAGCCAGAAAUAGCACUAAAAUAAUCAAUUACCUUUGAAGAUCUUCUUCUUUUGGCAAUACAAAAGGUCCAAUCUUCACAAUAAAUGGUUGCUUUGUUCGAUUAAAUCAUGUUUUUAUGCAUAAAACGACACAUUUUGUAAAAGGCUUGUGUCGUGAAUUCCGUAUCCUUCGACGUUCAACGAGACAUGGGAUGCAAUCAGUCACACAGCAUUGACGUUAUCUAGUCAUGGUUGGUUUCUGUGAAAUCCUUUGUUUGUUAGUAACACAAUGACACCUAAUGGCUCUUGUUAGGUGCGUAUUGACCGAAAGGAGGUGAUUUGAACCCAGCAAACAAUGACCUGAUUACGCGCCAAUGAUCUCACCUGUGCUUCUUUGAAUGACUGUAUUUCUGCCCAAUCACCACUGAUCCUCUUGAAAUCUUGCUUGGUAGAUAGCCAAUGAGCUUAGGUAAAUGGAAAUAUCAAAAGUUUGUAUCAGGGAAGACCAUCUUUUGACCGAAACUCGAGCGUAACGCAGCCAUUCGCCAUUGGAAUUUCUACCAGAAGGAGCCAUUUUCUUUGCGCGACGCAGUAUUUAGUCAAGAUAAUUUUCCGCUCUUUUAUUGAAUUAAUUAUGGCAGGUAAAGCUGUAAAGGCAAAGGCAAAGUCCAAGUAUACGGAUCUCCAAGAGAUUCUUUCUGAGAUUGAACGAGAAAGUGACACAGAAAUUCCAGGUGAUCUAUCAGAUUGUGUGUCAAGUGUGGACAGCAACUUUGAGGACAUGUUUCUGCGUGGUGAGGAUGCCAUUCUCGAUUGUCCCAGUCCCUCUGAUUCUGAUUGGGAGCCCCCACUGAAAGGAGCUGGACCAUCUAGCCGGACCCCUGCUGUCUCCGGCUCCACACCUACCCCCGCCCUGCAAGGUGUGAAGUCUGUGACAAAGAAGCGGAGGUGGGGAAGGGCUAAACCUGCAAUCAGAGAGGAGGAGGGUCGUUGGCACUCUGUGCUGGAGGAGGAUGUGUUGCCGACACCUAUAGUAUUCAGACCGAAGAGGCCAACAGGACCUCAGCUGGACAUGACUUCUAAGUACAGCCCCAUUCAACUUUUUCAGCUGUUUUUCACCUCGGCCGUUGUUGAUUCCCUGGUGUCAAACACAAACAAGUAUGGUGCUAAGAAGCAUGCGGGCAAGAAAGAGGGAUGGAAGCCCAUUGUCAUUUCAGAUUUUUUUGGGUUCAUGUCAAUGGUCAUUUACAUGGGUCUUGUGAAACUAAAAUCCAUGAAAGACUACUGGAAAACUGCUUCCCUCUAUCAACUGCCUUUCCCAUCCACGGUCAUAUCAUGCAAAAGGUUCAUGACAAUCUCAGGGGCGCUUCAUAUCAGUGACCCAGAAGUUGAUGAGGACAACGAGAAGAAGAGAGGCACAGCUAGGUUUGAUAGGCUGUGCAAAAUAAAACCUCUCUACCCCAGCAUCGUUGAGGCUUGCAAAACCUAUUUUCAGCCUGCCCAGAACAUUGCCAUCGACGAGAGGAUGGUAGCUUCAAAAGCCCGAAUUGGCCUAAAACAGUACAUGCGCAACAAACCGACUAAAUGGGGCUACAAACUGUUUGUUUUGGCAGAUUCGGUGUGUGCAUACACGUGCAAUUUUUUUGUUUAUGAGGGGAAGAGCAGUUUUGCAACCGGUAAGGGGCUUAGUUAUGACUCUGUUAUGCAGUUAUUAGAUUUUCAACUGCUGGGGAAGGGCUACAAACUUUUUGUGGACAACUUUUAUACAAGCCCUACCCUGUUUACAGACCUGAGGAAGCGGGAUGUGUGGGCUUGUGGCACCAUUCGGCCCAAUAGAGUGGGCUUUCCAAAAACCAAGGUGAAUGACAUGCCUAAGCGGGCUGAGCGGGGUGCCAUGAGAUGGAUCCGUGAAGAUGGCCUGCUCUUUGUGAAGUGGAUGGACACCAGAGAGGUGGUCAUGUGCUCCAGUAUCCACAAGUCCUUCAGUGGAGAUCACGUCGUCAGGCGUGUGAAGGACGCUGCUGGGGCAUGGACCACCAGAAAUGUCCCCAUUCCUGAAGCAAUCAAGGACUACAACAAAAGCAUGGGAGGUGUAGACCUCUCAGAUGCGCUUAUUGGAUACUACAACGUUCUCCACAAGACAAUGAAGUGGUACAAGACAUUUUUUUAUCAUUUCGUUGAUAUUGCUGUGGUGAAUGCCUUCAUCCUCCAGAAGGAAAUGGCUCAGAGCUGUGGACAUCCCCCCAUCUCACAGCUAGCCUUCAGGGAGCUGCUCAUCAAGGAGCUUGCUAGCUACAGCAAGUCCACUGUAGCACCUUCUGUCCCCUCUACGUCUGGCCCCACUGCUCCAACCAGUAGUGUUCACCUUCCCAGAUUCAUCUCUGCAGGCAUGGAUGUGCCUCAGGGCAAAAAGGGCACAAUAGGGAGACGUCGUUGUGUCCUUUGUCACAGGAAAUGCCCCAUCACCUGCACCAGCUGUUCAGUAACCCUCUGCUUUACAGCAGAAAGAGACUGCUAUUGGGCAUGGCACCAGAAGAACAAUAUUGUGUAGGGGACUGAGGGUCUUCACAAUAUUGUACAUUACAUUGAAUGUGUGUAAAUAGUUUACCCUUGUUAUUUGAAAAUGUUUCAAAUGUUCAUUUUUUUUUUGGUUUUUUUGUAGGGGUUAUGUUAGAAUAGCAUUUGAGUGUUUUUGUAUAUAGUUAUUUACUUCAAUGUAUCACUGUACCAAUUCGGCCACUUGGGUACAUUUGGGCACCUUGUGUGGGACACCUGGGUGACUACAUGCUCAAUGUCAUGUAGCUCACUCAUUCCUGAACCUAUCUUUCUUAAACUUUUUUUAAAUACUGUUGCCAUCUUAUGUUCUCCAUUUCUACCACCCCAGCAUCCUGUCUGUAUGUUUGGAUGUUCUUGUUCAGUUGAAAGAUGAUGCAGCAACAAUAAAAACAGAAAACGAAUGUAAUUUCCUUGUAUUUUCUUCUACCAGAUCUAUGGUGUUCUA